AUGUUAUAAGAUGAGAAAUAUUUGAUAAAAUUAUAAUAUCUAUACAAAGAAACCAUCUCUUAGUAACCUCAAAAUUUUUAAUUAUAUCAGAAAAAGGGUAAUUUUGUAUUCUUAUAACUUUAGUUAUUAGAAAAUGUCAAAACUGGAUUGAACCUUUAAAAUGCAUAAUCAACCUUUAUCCAAAUAUUCUAUUGACUUAUUAUUUAUAAAAUUGUACAGAUGAUUAGUAUGUAACUUAUCAUCCUACUAAGUUAAUUCAAAAAUUGCAAAUUUAAGGUGUAAAAUUAUAUAACAGCUGA